GCGCAGUCGAUCACAGAGAGGGUGAUCGUGUUCCUGCUCAGCCAAGUUGUGGAGAGGUCCUCUUCACCGGGGGAGGCMUCCUUCUCCCUGCACCCCCCCACAGAGAGCUGCAAAGUGCUGUGGACGGACAGCCAGGCGGUGGGCUUCUACACCGUCAAACGCAAAGGCAGCCUGUGUGAGAGCUGGAGCAGCCGCUGCUACCUGCUGCCCGUCCUGGACACGGUGCUGGUGAGGAGGAGCUGCAGGAGGAGAGGCUUCGGCCUGCAGAUUCUGGAGGACUUCUGCUCCUCGUUCUCCUCGGAGGAGUUUCUCGGACUCAGCUCUCCGUUAUCCCCCAGCAUGGCAGCAGUGGUCAGGAGGUUCCUGCAGGAGCACGAGGAGCACCGGGAGCGUCUGUAUGAGGUGGAGGCUCCGGGAGGCUGGGCUCAGCGUCGGAACAUCUGGCUCAGCCUCCAGCUGGGUCACUACCCGUCCAAGCAGCAGGAAUGUGGGGAGGACUCGACCCCAUUCAGCACCUGUAACUCCAACACUCCCCUGCUGCACAUCAACCGUCGUGACGUGAACCACGGACAGCUCUCCCAGAGCGGCGAGAUCUCCGAGUCGGGAUGUUUUCCUGCGGCCCACUCCGACGAGCUGGAUUUCAAAUCUCCCAACGGGCCUCGAAUCGCGGAGCGAACGCUGAAAUCCAAGAUUGUCUCAUCGAAGCAGCGCAGCAGAGAGAGCCCAGAGGAAACACAGGAACAGUCCAAGAGAGCAAGAAGAACAAAAGUCAGCUUGUAAAAAUACAAACUGUUCACAUUGAGCAAUGUCAGACCCCAGAGGGAACUGCUAACAGGAUCCAGAAAAAGCCUUGUGCAACGCCAUAAUGAAAGAAAAAAGUAUGAAAGAUGUGUACAAUGACAACACAGUGAUGUUCACAACUCAAAAACUAGAUUUUAUUUAUAAUAAAAGCCUAACUACAAUCAA